AUGGCUGACCCAACUGUGAAUGCCGAAAGACUCCUUCAGAGGUUCGAAGACACUCUGAAGACGUUUACCGAACAUUAUCUUACCCUUCAAAAGACGGUCAUAACCUCCCAUGCUCAAAUGGAUGCUAAAAUAGUAAGUUAUAUUGUUCAUGGGUAUAUAUUUUGUUUUUAGGCUAGAAUUGAACAAAGCUUGAGUCAGUUGAACAUUGAAGGAAAGUCUCAAACCGCAUCAAUGGUAAGUAACUAUUCUGGAAGUUUCAUAUAUUUUAAAUUUGUCAAAGAUAUUGAGGACAAUUAUUUUCUAUAACUUUUUUAUCAAGUAGUAGAAUACAGAAAAUUUUAGUGUUUAGAGCAACUUUGUAUAGGUAUCGAGCAUAUUAACACGUUUUAAAAUAACUAAUUAUUGUUUUAUGAAGAAAGUUAAUGUUAAUUUACAGAAUGGUGUUCAAAGAUCUGUAUGUGAUAGUCAUGAACGUGAAGUUACUCGACUGGUUGGUCUGUUGGAGACGGUUUUGCAAACGCAAAUGAAGAAUCAAACGAUCCAGGCUCAAGCUGCUGCUCAGCAACAGUCUAUUUUUGGUCUCUUGAAUAAGUAAGUUAAUAUUUUAACUUUUUUAGGUAACAUCGUACUUAAAUUAUCAUUAUAAUCUUUUUCUUAUUGGAUUAUGCUUAGAUUUUUAUGUUUUUAACAAUUUUUAAACGUUAAGUUACUUUCAGCUUGAGCAACCAGAAUGCCAUGGCCAGUAUGCCAAUGAUGGCUCCUCAAAUGCAACAACCUGGAUAUCAAGCCGCUGCUUCAGCUGCUCAAUUGCCAAUGGCUUCUAUUCAAAAUCGUCCAGCUCAGCCACAGCAACCAAUCUUCCAGCAGGCCGUGCAACAACCUGUGUCUCAAUCUUUCGCUGCUCCUAAGGUUGAAAAGCCAGCUCAGCCUAUUUUCCAAGCUCCACAACAAGUACCUGCUGCUGUACCUGUAUCGGCUAUUAAGCAGGAGCCAAAGCCAAUCCCAGCACCAGCUGUUUCUAAGCCAACGCCGGCUCAACAACCAGCAGCACCAAAGCCAACUGGAGGAUUUGGAGAUCAAUUCAACAAGAAGGCAGGUGAAUGGGACUGCAAAGGAUGUUACGUGAGAAAUGCAGCUGACAAGACAGUCUGCCCAUGCUGUAACUUACCUAAGGAUGCUGCUCCAGGCGACAAACCAGCUGCCCCAGCCUUUAAACCCUCUUCUUUCACUGCUCCAGCAGUCUCGAACGCUGCUUCUGGAUUUUCAUUUGGAUUGGCCAAACCUGCCACUACGGCUGCGACGACCCCAGCCGCUGCUAAGCCAUCUACUGACGCUGCUACACCGACGACAACUCCAGCAACAGCCACCCCAACUUCUACUCCCAAGCCAGCAGGCUCGGUCUUUGGUGGAGGAAUCAACUCGUCUCAGAAUACUUCAAGCAGCUUCUCGUUCAAGCCAUUUGCUACUCCUUCUAGUGCUAACCAGAGCCAGUCUAGUACUACCGACAGCCCAAAGCCUUCCUUGUUUGGUGGCAAUACAGGUGGAUUGACAUUUGGAAGCGUAAGUCAAAAUACUUCUGGAACAUCGUUCUUGGCUGGAAAAGACAACUCAUUCUCGUUCCAGGUAGGGAAUAGAGAGAAAAACUUUUUGCUUAGACAUUUUAGGUUUAUAUUCAAUUUUCCUUACUAAACUAGUCAUGUUAUGGCUACUCAUAAUGUUAUUUUGUUUCAGGUUGAUCCAAGGAGAUUCGCUGUGUUUCCUCCUCGGGCUAAUGAAGGUAAUGAGGAAGCGAACGAAGACGAGCCAGAAGCAUUUCAACCUGAUGAUUCUCAAUUUAAAAAGCAACACUUUGCUCUGCCUGAAAUUGUGGAAGUGAAGACUGGUGAGGAAGACGAGGAUGUUUUAUUCAAUUCGAGAGCUAAGCUUUACCGAUUCGAUCCUCAAACCAAGGAAGUCAAGGAACGAGGAGUUGGUGACAUUCGUUUGCUGAAGAACCGCAAAUCUGGAGUCGUACGAUGUGUGAUGAGAAGAGAACAAGUGCUGAAGUUGUGUGCCAAUUUCGCUAUCAAGGGGAUCACCGUGGAUUACAAGAAGGGACGAUCAGAUACGUUGGUAUGGAGCUGUAACGACUUUUCAGAGGUCGAUGAGAAACCGGAUGGCGAGUGCGUGGUGCUGAUCUGCCGCUUCAAGGAGGACACAGAUGCUACUAACUUCAAGAAACUGGUGGAGGAGAACCAAUAA